CAUUUGUUUUUGUUGUGGGUGUUGUUUUCCUUUUCGCAGAGAAUGUGAAAAAUUGACGAAAAGGGCGGAAAAACGCGCAUUUUCUACCUGUGGAGCAUGCAGAAAUGAAGACUGACGAGUGUGCGAUGGACAGCAUGGAGAAAUAUCUGGCAGAAUAUCGACAUUGGAGCGUCUGGCGGACCAUCCUGAUCGGCCAGGUGUGCUCAGUGCUGUGCUCCGUGCUCGCAUUCUUCUCCCAUCACUUCACCGUGAACCUGCACUUGGCCAUUCCCACCGGGCAGAACUACCUGCACUACAUUCUCCUCUGUGCCGUCUUCACGACGUGGCUGGCGUGCCGCCGCGGCGACAAGGGGCUGAUCUCCGUGGCCAAGGCGCGCGGCUACCGCUACAUCCUGCUGGGCUUCAUCGACGUGCAGGCCAACACGCUGCUGGCCACGUCGUACCAGUUCACGACGCUCGUGAGCAUCCAGUUGCUGGACUGCGUGGCGCUGCCCAUCGCGCUGGCGCUCAGCUGCCUCACGCUGGGCGUGCGGUUCCGCUUCGUGCACAUCGUGGGCGUGUCCGUGUGCCUCAUGGGCGUCGGCUGCCUGGUGUGGGCCGGCGUGGGGGCCACGAAAGCCACCGGGGACGCGCAGCAGAGCCAGCUGGUGGGCGACAUGCUCUGCCUGGGCGGCGCCGUGCUCUUCGCCGUGGUGGUCGUGCUGCAGGAGCUGGUCGUGAAGACGCUGGACUGCGUGGAGUACUUGGGCAUGCUGGGACUGUCCGGGAGCAUAAUCUGCGGCAUCCAGAUGUACCUGCUGGAGCGCAACGCCCUCGUGGACGUCAAUUGGGAGGACAAGACGAUCCUCAUCUACUUGGCAGCCUACGGAGUCACGCAGUUCGUCUUCUACUCCCUCAUUCCCUACGUGCUGCGCCACUCGGGCGCCACGGCGAUCCAGCUUUACUUGCUCACCUCGGACUUCUUCUCGCUCAUCAUCGGGAUGGUUCUCUACAAAUUCCGCUUCCACGGUCUCUACUUCCUCAACUAUCUCCUGGCCAUGAGCGGCAUUUACAUCUUCACCAUCAAGAAGACGCCCAUCGCGGCCCAGCAGCGCGCGGCCAACAAUAAUUCGCAAUCGGCGGAGGAGCGCCCGGCGCCCCAGCCGCCCCGAGACUACGCAUUCGAGACUGAGCACUUCGAGAUGACCUCCUCCAUUCCCACGUACACCGUGUCGUCGGACUCACUCAUCAACUCCCACUCAGCCACCACAGGAUUCUCGUCGUUCUACCGCAAAUAGGCUAGUCAAUCCCCCUGAAUACUCCAUUAACAAACGAUCUCUAGUCAAAUGUUCCCAAAGAUAUUUAGUGUUUACCACAGCGAUUCGUAAAAAUAAAGGCAUUU